AUGUCAUCAUUCACUCACCUCGAACGAUUUCACUAUUUUUCUUCAGCUGAUGUUCUUUGUUUAUUCAUCAAUUUGAAUCAUCGCAUCCAACAACUCAUUUGUAAACGAGGUUUCUUUCAUCGUCUCAAUUUGUCAUCAGCAUCUUUAUAUCAAUUUGAUACACUUCUUGCACUUGUUAUCAACAUCGAAGUAUCACCUCUUCAGCUUUCUCGUUUUCCUCAUUUACCACAUUUGACAACAUUACGAUUGUGUUUCGAAACAAACAUCGUAUUUGCGCCUAUAAUAGGGUUUUGCAGGAUCUAUCAUACAGCCGAUAGAACGUCUCGAAACAUUCGUCGAGGGUAUUCUGCAACGACUGAAUACACUUCGCUCGCUGAAUUUAGGCCAGAACUUCGAAGUGGGUCUCCCACUAUGGGAUGUCAAGCCAAUCGAAUAUCGUCUCAGUUAUCUUCGACUUUCUUUGCAACGAAUACAACAAUUUUCAAACCACGGGGUUUGCAAUGA